UUGUGUUCAUUUCCUGGUCAGCUGAUUCAGACGGAGAAAAGACGGGCCGAUCGCUAGCACCCAUAAUGAUAAUCCUGUCUCAUCGUCUGGACAGCAUUUGAAAUGAAAGUGACAACACCGUAAAGCCAGCUGGAACCCCUGGAUUAAUACCCGAGUCUCUGUCUGUGUUUGUGUUCGCCAACAUCGGCCAUCGAGUCUUGAGGGGGAAAAGCAGACAGAGCACCGUCCGCUGCUUCACUUCUCCUCUGUUUACUGGAAAAGUUCUUCUCCUCUCCUGGCCACUGAAAGGCCUUUUUCCAACCACAGUGCCAGAAAAGGACGCUGCUGAGAAAGCCAGAGUGUCAGACAGAACUGGAUUCAAUGAGGGAGCCAGAUCGGGAGGAGCAGCCUGAAGACAACAUGCCCCCCAAGUUUAAACGACACCUCAAUGACGACGAGGUCACGGGAUCCAUUCGCAGCGAGCGGAGGAAUCUACUGGAGGAGGACUCUGAUGAGGAGGAAGACUUCUUUCUGAGGGGGCCCACAGGACCCAGAUUUGGACCUCAGAAUGAUAAAAUGAAGCAGGUGCAGUCGCAGGUCGACGAGGUGAUCGAUGUGAUGCAGGAGAACAUCUCCAAGGUGAUAGAGAGGGGCGAGCGUCUCGACGACCUGCAGGACAAGUCGGAGAGCCUAUCGGACAACGCGUCUGCCUUCAGUAGCCGAGCCAAACAGCUGCACAGGAGGAUGUGGUGGAGAGACAUGAAGAUGAAGAUGAUUAUUGCCUUGGUAGUCGUUGCUCUCCUUCUCAUUAUCAUCGUUCCAGUGAUCCUGCGAUAUCGUUAGUGUCCCCUCUCCUCUCCACACAGUUCCACACACCCGCUAGGGGGCGCCAGCCAGCCUCCCCCACUCUCCUCAGCAUCAGCCUGUGCACCCUCAAGGAUCUGACCUCAACUUGCCCUUAGUACAGAUCUUAUCAUUGGUAUUUCUAAAUAAAUGUGCAGUGAGAUCAGUACUAAGGCUUGGUUUGAUCCCUGGUUUACAACUAAGCCACAGAAAAGGGAACAUGGGAGAAUUGGGGAGAUAUUUUAAUGCAGUUUGUGAGAAAAAUGCUGACUCUCAGCCCUCUAGUCAUUGUGAAGGAGUGUGCCGUUCCAUGAUACUUAACAUGUGUAGAGCCCUGUCUUUGCCUUGACCACAGGGAAACUCCAGGUCCUGCAUAUUAUAUCAUAUAGAUAGAUACUGGAAAAGGCAGGGAAUCCAUGCCAACUAGCUGGUCUGAAUCUGCUGCAGUAGCCUCGUAUAAAGGGGCUCUAACAUUUAGCGAAUUUAGCGAAACUCAGAUGUCCACCCAUGAUUCCUUGUGUGCCGUCUUCUCACUGUCCGAGAAUGAGGACGUUCAUAGGGAACAUUUUGCAAACACAUUUCACUGUUCAACACAAGGCAAGGUAUCAUAGUGUAGUCAAAGGUCGCUUCUUUUAAUCAUCAGAAAGGCUUUCGGACAGAAAAGUGAUUUCAUGUGUCAGGUAUGGUCCCUCAUCACUACAGAUGAUUGGAAAAGGGACUAGAAAGGAAUGCCAUCUGUUCAGACAACAUCCUGCUUUCUUUGCGUUGUUGUUCUCCAUAAAUGCCCGCAUUGCAUUUCUGUCUGCCUCUUGAUAGCUUGUUAUACUGUACAGCAAACCAAACAUCCGGGUUAUGAAUGUCUCCUCGCCACUCUGCACUCUCAACCUCUCACCUUCCUCCUGGGUUGUGCUCAGCUCUGGGCCGGUUUGGUCACGGUCACCAAUCCUUUUUUUGUUAAACUGUCACUCUGCAGAUGCAAUUCUGUUUGGUUUUCAUACUGCCUCUGUCUUUUUUCACCAUUCUUAAGUUCUUAUUUCUGCUGGCUGCUUAAUGUGAAGCUUGUAUGAAGGCUGGUAUUCCCCUCGCCACUGAAGAGACCGUUUUGUCUCUCUGUACUGUUACAUUAGGUUUAAGGAUGGGUCAUUUAAGUGAUGCAAGUUAAACGUUGAGCUGUGAAACAAACUUAGGUGUCAUUGUGUCUGUAUUAAUUAACUGUAUAAUACAUUCAAACAUUUAUUAUUUUUAAUGUAAUUUAUUUUAGCUGUAAAUAUUGAUUCUGUAAUGAUGUACAAUACUCUGGCAUUGCAUUGGAAGACUGAUAUUCUUUUUUUUUUGCUCUGAAAUAAAGUGAUUUUCAAGGGCA